AUGACUGUGCUUAGUCCAACAACAUGUUUCGAACUUUCAGAGGUUUGCGCUGUUUCGAGGGUUUCUAAGAAGGAAAUCGGACGUUGUUUCAAGUUAGCGAUCAGAUCUUUGGAAACAAAUUUGGAACAAAUCACUAGCGCUGACUUUAUGUCCCGAUUUUGUGGUAAUCUCGGACUGUCACACCGUUUGCAAAUGAUCGCAACACGAAUCGCAAAAAAAGCUGUUGAAAAGGAUCUCGUUGCCGGGAGAAGUCCCAUUUCAAUAGCCGCAGCGGCAAUUUAUAUGGCAUCACAAGCAUCCGCUAACGAGAAGCGAAAUGCAAAAGAAAUUGGAGCCAUAGCCGGAGCAGCCGAAACGACCGUCAAACUGACCUACAAGCUGAUGCUUCCGUUUGCUCGUCAACUUUUCCCGGACAACUUCAGCAUAUCCUCCAUCAACGCACUUCCACAUCAGUGA